UUUAAAUUGAAAAGCAGUGAUCCGUGUCUUGACGCAUUACCCGGGACCGUGUUGCCGUCUUAAAAUGGACUUGAGAGAGCUGCCGUGGAGGAUGCAAGAGAGCCACCGUUUGGAAACAACACAGGGACCAAACGAGAGCGACUGAGACUGGAAAACCUAAUGGCCUCGGUUCUGGAGAACGGCUGCUCCAUGGAGCUGAGCGGCUGGAACAGCAGCAGCUUGAGCAUCUCCGGAGCCUCCGUGCCCUGCAACAAGAGCAUCCUGAAGCCGGCUCCUUACUCCCCCGAAGCCACGGCGGCCUUCGCCACCGCCAUAACCCUGAUGGUCCUCUUCACCAUCGUGGGGAACAUCAUGGUCAUCAUCGCGGUGCUGACCAGCCGGGCUCUCCGAGGCCCGCAGAAUCUGUUCCUGGUGUCUCUGGCCGCUGCGGACAUCCUGGUGGCCACACUCAUCAUCCCCUUCUCCCUGGCCAACGAGCUGCUCGGCUACUGGUACUUCAAGUCCCUGUGGUGCGAGAUCUACCUGGCGCUGGACGUGCUGUUCUGCACCUCCUCCAUCGUGCACCUGUGCGCCAUCUCGCUGGACCGCUACCUGUCGAUUUCCCGGGUGACGUACGGCCGCCAGCGGACUCCCAAACGCAUCAAGGCCGCCAUCGUGGUGGUGUGGCUCAUCUCCGCCAUCAUCUCCUUCCCGCCGCUGCUCUCUUUGAACAAGAGCGAGGCAGGGGAGGAGGGCAGCGAGAGGGGCCCUCAGUGCCAGCUGAACAACGAGCGCUGGUACAUCCUCUACUCCACCAUCGGCUCCUUCUUCGCGCCGUGCCUCAUCAUGAUCCUGGUCUACGUGAGGAUCUACCAGAUCGCCAAGCAGAGGACGCUGCCCGCCGGGGAGCCCCGGAAGGACGGGGUGGGCUCGGCCACGCCGGGUCAGCCUCCGCGACGCCUGCAGGCCAACGGGAAGGACGACGAAGAGAGCACGCCCCCUUCGUCUAACAAAACCUCCAACACCAGACCCCCCACCCUCGCCAUCACCCCAUCCCCUCACCCAGGAGACACUCAAGCCACCCACAACCCCACCUCCAAUAACCUGCUGCAACCCCCGUCCCCUUCUCUCGCGAUGACCCCUGUCACGACCUCCCUUGACACCUCUCCUCACGGGCCCUCCAGCCCCCCCUCAGAGCCCCAGUCCGCCCCUGCCAAGACUAAAGAGAAGGGGAAGAAGGGGAAGAAGCAGGGCUGGAAAAAAGCCGACAACAACAACGGCGACAGCUCGAGCACGGAGAGCGACAUGGAGCACAGCCACGGAGGACACCGGGGCAGCGCCAGCAUGCCGGGGUCACCGGGCGGGGUCCUCCCGGCGUCGGUCAAGCGCUACCGGGAUAUGAUCGCCACCUCCAAGGGGGCUCGGCUGGUGCCUGGGAGGAAGUCCCAAACGGACAACAACCCCGGGGCGGCGAGGCGCAAAGCGAUGGUGAACCGGGAGAAGCGUUUCACGUUCGUCCUGGCGGUGGUCAUAGGGGUCUUCGUGGUGUGCUGGUUCCCGUUCUUCUUCUCCUACUCUCUACAGGCGGUGUGCCCGGAUACGUGCGCCAUCCCCGGGCCCCUCUUCACGUUUUUUUUCUGGAUCGGCUACUGCAACUCCUCGCUCAACCCAGUCAUAUACACCAUCUUCAACAAAGACUUCAGAAAGGCCUUCAAAAAGAUAGUGUGCAGAACCACCAAGGGUACCUUCUUUUAGCAGACCAAUCCGCUCUUAAAGGACAUGGACACGAACUGACACACCCAAAAAAAUGCAAUUUUUGAGGCAUAUAAAAAAAAAAAGAGAAAUCAUUUCCAUUUUCAGAACAAUCAAAGGGCUGUUCAAAAACCUGGCGAUCUGUGGAAAUUUGGGGGUAAAAUUCAGAACUGAGAGACUCUUUUUUU